CUCUUUUUAAGUGUAAAAACCAGAGUGUAAACACUUAACAAAAUGGUGUAUUUAAGACUGCACAGACUUCAAAUGAGUUUCUCACUUUAACCUUUACAAAGGAAUUUCUUGUAAAAUGGUUUUGGAAAUUUCUAACCGCGUAGCGGGCUUAGGCGAGAGAAAGUGAAAGUAUUGGGGCAAUAUCCCAUCAUUUCCGCCCAGGAACUAAGUAAAUGUACAGAAAGUUACAGAACUACUGUACCAAAUACUUAAUGUCUAUUUUUUUUUUUGAAAACUUAACGGUCAAAGUAUUACAUUCAGAUGAAAAUCGUAUGUGGAAAAGAACAAGUUAAAAUUUGAAGAGCCAAGGAUAGAACAUAGUACCCAAUGAGACUGCACGGUUGUUGGACGGUUUAAAGAUAGACCAAUCAGAGCCUGGACGUAAUAGUUAAACAUUUUUCUCAUCCAAUCACUACACCUUAGGUACUAUAAAUACUAGCAAUGAUGCCGGGCGACAUAUUUGUGCAAGUGUUUCGUAUAUUCAUUUUAGGGCUUGUUUGUCAUGGCUCGAACUAAACAAACUGCUCGCAAAUCAACUGGCGGCAAGGCGCCGCGUAAGCAGCUAGCUACCAAGGCGGCCCGCAAGAGCGCGCCGGCUACGGGCGGCGUGAAGAAGCCGCACCGCUACCGGCCCGGCACGGUGGCCUUGCGCGAGAUCCGUCGCUACCAGAAGUCCACGGAGCUGCUGAUCCGUAAACUGCCGUUUCAGCGUCUCGUGCGCGAGAUUGCCCAGGACUUCAAAACAGACCUCCGGUUUCAGAGCUCAGCCGUAAUGGCACUGCAGGAGGCAUGUGAAGCCUAUCUUGUGGGUCUUUUCGAGGAUACCAAUCUGUGCGCCAUUCAUGCCAAGCGCGUCACCAUUAUGCCAAAGGACAUCCAGUUAGCGCGCCGGAUCCGUGGAGAAUCGGCUCUCAGCUUCUUCGUCACUCGUUGGGUUGGUUUCUGCAGAACCAUGUCUGGACGCGGCAAAGGCGGCAAGGGUCUCGGUAAGGGAGGCGCUAAGCGCCACCGCAAGGUGUUGCGAGACAACAUCCAGGGUAUCACCAAGCCCGCCAUUCGGCGUCUGGCUCGGCGAGGUGGUGUGAAGCGCAUCUCCGGCCUCAUCUACGAGGAGACCCGCGGGGUGCUGAAGGUGUUCCUGGAGAACGUGAUCCGGGACGCCGUCACCUACACCGAGCACGCCAAGCGCAAGACUGUCACCGCUAUGGAUGUGGUCUACGCGCUCAAACGCCAGGGGCGCACCCUCUACGGCUUCGGAGGUUAAGCAUUGAUUUCGCCAUCCGGACCCUGCAUUUCUCAACCAAAGGCCCUUUUCAGGGCCACCCAACUACUCAAAAAAGAAAGCUGUAAUCACUAGCCAAGACACAGGAGUCUGCAGUUAAAUAUUGUAGUUAAAAUGAACGGUAUUAAGACAUCUGUGAAUCGGGACUGUAGGAAUCAGGUAAAGUUCGGUCCGAUAUCUGUGUACCAACGUAGCUCCCUCGUUUCCACACUCCUGCCCCAUUCUCUGGAUCCUUGUAGGGGGAAUACUCAUUAAAGUGAAACCCCCCCCUGUGGCAAGAAACUUGAAUCUGUUUCCAUGAACAAAGAGAAACACUACCCAAUCAGCAAGCCACAUCCGUGGCUGUCAACCAAUCAGAACUGAUGAUCUCAUGUUCCGGAGGUGACCCAUAUUGGGGGGAUGGGAAAGCCGGCGAGAAACGCCAAAGCUCAGGUUUAAAUAAUUCUUUUAAACUCGUCUUUUUACGGAUUAUAGGCCCUCAGACAUCUGUAUGGCUCUCAGUCAUGUCCUGAGAACAGUAGUGACAUUACCGCCACUAAAAGGGUGAUUUGUCUCGAUUGAGAAAUCCGAAAUGUUGGGCAGAAGAAACCAGAUUCAAACUGCCAGAAAACCCAAGGCAUUUAAUUCGGGCAAAUUUCAAUUAAUUACGGCGAAUUUAAAAUCUAGUUUAUGGGGAAACGCGCUUCCCUUUCGGCAACAAUACAGCCUUCAGCAGUUAUCCAUACUUUUUUCCUUCCUUCACAGAGGAAUGAAAAUUAGGAUGAUGGAAAU